ACAUUUCAUCCUAUUGUCAAUAAAUCUCAAAAAAUAACUUCGAUUGUAUCUAGCAAACAUAUAAAAACAAAUACUUGGAUAUACAUACAACGCUCAUUCAUCUCAAAUACAAAAUCAAGAUGGGUAAUGACGAAAAAGGAAGACGAUAAUAAUAAAGAAUCUGUCACAAAAAAAUUAAAAAAGGAAUUAAAGGAAAACAUUUAUACGAUUCCUAAUAUUUUGACUUUUGGUAGAUUGGUAGCUGCACCAUGUAUUGGAUAUCUUAUUUUACAACAUGAGUAUGAUACAGCAUUAGGGUUGUUUGCAUUAGCAGGAUUUACAGAUUUGUUAGAUGGGCAUAUUGCUAGAAAAUAUAAUAUGAAAACACUUCUAGGCACUAUUAUUGAUCCUUUAGCAGAUAAAGUACUCAUGACAGUCAUGACAAUUACUUUAACAAUGCAAGGCAUAUUGCCAAUACCAUUGGCGACUAUUAUUUUAGGUAGAGAUACAGGAUUAGUUUUAUCUGCAUUUUAUUAUCGUUAUAUCUCUUUACCAGAACCUAAGACGAUUGCACGUUAUUUUGAUGGAUCUAUUCCUUCAGCAGAAGUAAAACCAACACAAAUCAGUAAAGUGAAUACUGCUUUGCAGUUGUUGUUAAUGGGGUUUUCUUUAACAUCUCUUAAUAUGGGAAUACCUUCUGAUGAAGUAUUACUAGCAUUACAAUGGCUUGUAGGCGGUACAACUGUUUGGUCAGGAGCUAGUUAUCUAUUUUCUAAAAACGCUGUACGAAUAUUAAAACAGUAAAUUCUCUUUGUUUUUUCAAAAGGAGAACAGAAAAAUAAGAAGGAAG